UCCUCAAGAUGCGCUUAUAUUUAAAAUGAUCCGCAGACAACGUGUCGGCAAUUUUACCUGUGUGCUCCUAAACAGUUGCUGGGGUCUGUUUCACGUCUCGGGGACUAAAGUAAAUUUGAAGAUGGAAGAGGGAUUCCAUUACACCUAUGUGUUCAAUAUGAACGACUUUAACAACUCCGAGGAAGGGUCGGGGGAUAUGGACGACUAUGAUGAGCUCUGUGAAGGAGCGCUCAACAAUGACUUCCAGAAAAUCUUCCUUCCAAUCGUGUACGGAAUAAUUUUCGUCCUCGGCAUCGUCGGAAAUGGGCUUGUGAUUGUUGUGAUGGGCUACCAGAAGAAGUCGUCCAACAUGACUGAUAAAUACCGCGUCCACCUCUCUGUAGCUGAUAUGUUGUUUGUGCUCUCGUUGCCCUUUUGGGCAGUUGAUGUGGCGAGCAGUUGGUACUUUGGUGGAUUUCUCUGUGUUGCUGUGCACAUGAUCUACACUGUUAACCUGUACAGCAGCGUGCUGAUCUUGGCUUUUAUUAGCCUGGACAGAUACCUGGCCGUUGUUAAAGCGACUAACAGCCUGUCCACCAGAAAACUUCUUGCAGAGCGCAUUAUUUACAUUGGCGUGUGGCUACCUGCUGCGCUGCUCACUGUGCCUGACCUGGUGUUUGCGAGAGCAGAAGAGAGGGGCAGCAGAACUUUCUGCGAACGCGUCUACCCUUUGGAGGGCAACGUGAUUUGGAUGGCUGUGUUUCGUUUCCAGCAAAUUCUGGUUGGAUUUGUGCUGCCCGGACUUAUCAUCUUCACCUGCUACUACAUCAUAAUUUCACGACUCUCUCAGGGUUCCAAAGGACAGACGCUGAAGAGGAAGGCUCUGAAGACCACAGUCAUCCUCAUUGUUUGCUUCUUCUUUUGCUGGCUCCCGUACUGCAUUGGCAUCUUUGUGGACACUCUCUCCCAGCUCAAUGUCAUCGGCGGCAACUGUGGGCUGAUGCAGGGCCUUCAGAAGUGGAUUCCCAUCUCAGAAGUGCUGGCUUACUUCCACUGUUGUCUGAAUCCCAUUCUGUAUGCGUUCCUUGGGGUAAAAUUCAAGAAAUCCGCCCGGAACACACUCAACAGCAGAUCCAGUCACAAGAUUCUGACCAAGAAGAGAGGAAUUAUCUCAUCAGUAUCCACAGAAUCAGAAUCCUCCAGUGUCCUUUCCAGUUAAUGAACAAACACAGUUUUUUUAUAUGUAGAUUUUUAAAGACAUUUGAAAAAGCAGACAGUCCUCAUUUUUGUACACAAUUGUUACUUGAAAAAAAAAAAAGAUUUAGUUUCAAUUGUCAUUUCAGAUUAGUACUUUUGUAUACACCUUGAGUUUGGCCUCUGCUGGUGAAUGACUAAUUGUGUAUUUAAACAGCUUUAUUUUUUAUGCUCUGAAUCAUGUGAGCCACUGCUUGUAAAUGUUUGUGUAUAGUUUGCUUGCCGUUAUGUAUAGGCACUUAAUUGCUUUGAGAGGUUAUUUAUUGUUGUGGUAGCUUACACUGUUUUCUUGUCAUUGCAUUGAUUUGUUGAGUGUAAUAUAAUGUUCAUAAUAAACCAUGAGUGUUUUUAAAACAUGAAA